AUGAGGGAUACGAGCAGACAGGGCGAGGGAGAACCCUUGGCUGCCGUCAGUCAGCAGCUGGACAUCAGCCGCCCUGGUCAUCUUGCUGCAUCACGGAAGGUGGAAGCAUUAACUGCAGCGUGCGGGGCACGGAAAUUGGUCCAUGACAACUCUGAGUGGGAGUGCGCGCUGGGCCAGCCGAGCCCGGAGGCUCCUGUCGGGGCAGCCUCUGAACUUUGCUUGUCCUUCGUGACCGACAUUGUGAGACUCGCCCAGGGCUCUGGAUUUGCCCGCGCCGCUCCUCGCACUCUCCGAGUGCUCUGCGGAGCAUUUAGUUGUGAUCCCAAGCGCGUCCACGAGCUGGGCUGCUUCAGGCUUCAGCUGCUGUCUGGGCUUGCGGGAUGUCACACAAGGCCUGCAAAUGUCCAUGAACAGUCUUUCGGAGGUAAUGCAAAUCAGGAUGAAAAAGCCCUAAAAGAGAAGUUAGUGUAUUGCCAUUCCUCAGUCCUUACCACCUUCUCAGCAUCUGUGUUACCUAGUAAAAAGGCAAUCAGAUGGUCAGAUGAGCUUUCCUGGUUCAUUUUGUUCUACAGGCUGCAGGGGGUACUUCUGGUUCACCAGGAGAAUUUCAAGCGGUACAAAAUGCUGAGGACCGGUUCAGCCACAGCUGGACGGCAAGAGAAGACAGAAAAGGCAAAUUCAGUGCAAUUUACAUUGCAAGUUAUUUGGACCAGACAUUCAAGUCUAAUCGCUGAUGUGCAACCCAUCGCUUCGUGUCUCUGCCUCCUGGCACAGCGCAUACCUGGCAGAGCAAGUGACAGCCCCCAGGAGCAAGGAGCUUCAAUUACGUCUUCUCAAGAGCAUGGUCCUCUGGGCUUCCACCCUAACCUGGAAAAGAUGGGAGGAAGGUUGUCCAGUGCUGAAAAUCACAUCGUCUGUCUGGAGGCGAACGAGCCCACCUUCUGGCGAGAGCAACGACGCUGGGAUGCGUUGUGGCACCUGCGGGACACUGCCAGAGCAGCCACCGCUGAGACUUGCGUGCGAGUUGGCUGA